CUCGCCUAGUGAAUCUGUGUGGGCCUUAGCGAAGAUCUGCACACAAGGCCAGGCCAGGCCAGCCCAGGCCCUCUGCACAGCUGGGGAAGGAACAGGCCCUGACAGUGCCUGCAGUGGGGGUCACCAUGGAUCUGAUCCCUAACUUCUCUGUGGAAACUUGGCUCCUCUUGGCUGCCAGCUUUGUGCUCCUCUAUUUCUAUGGGACCUACACCCAUGGAUGCUUUAAGAAGCUGGGAAUCCCAGGGCCCAAACCGCUGCCGUUCUUCGGAACAGUUUUGGCCUAUAGACAUGGCUUUUGGGACUUUGACAUGAAUUGUUUUAAAAAGUAUGGGAAAAUCUGGGGGUUUUAUGAUGGUCGAAAGCCUGUGUUGGCCAUCACUGACCCAGAUAUGAUCAAGACAAUCCUAGUGAAAGAGUGUUAUUCUGUCUUCACAAACCGGCGGUCUAUAGGUCCAGUGGGAUUUAUGAGAGAUGCCAUCUCUCUAUCUGAGGACGAACAGUGGAAGAGAUUGCGGUCGUUGCUGUCUCCAACUUUCACCAGUGGAAAGCUCAAGGAGAUGUUCCCCAUCAUUGACCAGUAUGGGGAUAUGUUGGUGAAGAAUAUGAAGAAAGAAGUAGAUAAAGGCAAAUUCGUAACCAUGAAAGAUGUCUUUGGAGCCUAUAGUAUGGAUGUAAUUACCAGCACAUCAUUUGGAGUAAAUUGUGGAUUCCUCAACAAACCAAACGAUCCCUUUGUGGAAAAUACCAAGAAGCUCUUGAGAUUUAAUUUCCUUGAUCCAUUCUUGCUUAUAAUAACACUCUUCCCAUUCCUCACACCAGUAUUUGAAUUACUAGAUAUCUCUCUGUUUCCAAAAAGUGUCACUAAUUUUUUCAAAAGCUCCAUACAAAGGAUGAAAGACAGUCGUAUCAAAGAUGACAACAAGAACCGAGUGGAUCUCCUUCAACUGAUGAUCAACUCCCAGAAUUCCAAGGAAGUGGACACCCACAAAGCCAUGACUGAUAUGGAACUUGUGGCCCAAUCAAUCAUCUUUAUUUUCGCUGGCUAUGAGACCACCAGCAGCACUCUGUCAUUCCUCAUGUAUGCCCUGGCUACCAACCCUGAUGUCCAGCUGAAACUACAGCAGGAAGUGGAUGCGACUUUCCCCAACAAGGCACCACCCACCUAUGAAGCCCUGUUCCAGAUGGAAUAUCUGGAUAUGGUGAUGAAUGAAAUUCUUAGAUUUUUUCCAAUUGCUGGCAGACUCGAGAGGGUCUGCAAGAAAGAUGUGGAGAUCAAUGGAUUACUCAUCCCCAAAGACACAGUGGUCAUGAUGCCUAUCUUCGUACUCCAUAAAGAUCCAGAACAUUGGACAGAGCCCGAGGAAUUCCGCCCUGAAAGGUUCAGUAAGAAAAACAAAGACAACAUCAAUCCAUAUGUCUAUAUGCCCUUUGGCGCUGGUCCCCGAAAUUGCAUUGGCAUGAGGUUUGCUCUCAUGAACAUGAAACUUGCUCUCGUCAAAGUAAUGCAGAACUUCACCUUCAAACCUUGCAAAGAAACCCAGAUUCCUGUGAAGUUAUCAAACCAAGGAUUGAUUCAACCAGAGAAACCCAUUGUUCUAAAGGCUGAGCCCAGAUGAGGCAUCAGGAGUGGAGUCUGACUUUGCAUUUCAUUCUUUAAGGAAGAUGUAUCUCAGAACUCUAGAGAGCCCCGAUUUUCUUUGUGAAAAAAUCUCAGUAAUGAAGCCUGACUUAGAUGACUAUUCCUGAUAGGGAUCUACUGCUUCUGCUCACUCCUUGCUUUUCACUGGAGUUGACUGGUUCGAGUGAUAUAAAGGAGUUGAUU